AUGGCCCGGAGUGCAAUUAGUCGGACAGCUGAGCCGUACGGCGCGUUUGGCGUGACGCGGGCCAUCUACCAAAAAUGCACACGACCGGCGGCGUACGACAUCUCGGAGGAGACGCGGCGCAACGACCAGGUGCCUACGACAGAAGACGGCGAGGAACUUGGCGUUGGCGGUGGCGUUACAAUGCUGCAUAUGUACCUGGUUAUUACGCGCCUCCGCUGCUUUGACAAGGAGGCCCAUCAGCUGUGGCAGUCCAUGCUGUCGGACCACUUCUUCCAGGAGGCCGAGGAUAAGAUGGAUCGCCUUCACCACAUUACCUCACGCGGCCUGCGCCAGCGCCACCUCCAGGAUCUGUUCAUGGCCUGGCGCGGCGUCAUUGUCGCCUACGACGAGGGAGUCGUGCGCGGCGAUGCCGUCCUGGCCGCCGCCGUCUGGCGCAACCUAUUCAAGGCGCACCCGGACGUCGAUCUUCGGCACCUGGCGUCUGUCGUUGCGUGGAUGCGCCGCAGCUUGGCGCAGCUGGACCGCAUGCAAGACGAGGGCCUGAUCCUGCACGCAGGCGCGGGCAUUUUUGGGUGGGCGCCGCCGACGAUGGACCUGGCGGCGGUGGACGAGCCGGCGACCAAGGAGCUGGGCCUGUUGAUGCAGCAGGCAGCGCGCAAGGAGGAGACGUCGACAGACGGCAGCGCCAAGGUGGUUGCCUCGGCAUAA